UCCCACUGCCAUCGUCUCUUCUGACGCCGACCAGCAGCGAGUCUCAACUUCUCUUCUUCUCCGUAACACAGAAACUUCUCCAUCAUGAGCUACAGAAGAUCCAACGUUCAGCAGAUCUCUGCAUCCCAAGUCCAACCCCGCUACCGUGCCUUCAGCACUUAUGGCGGUUCCCAGGACGUCCGCGUCUCCUCUGUACCUUCCCUGCGUUCUUCAAACAAAAUGGGCAGCGGUAUGACUGCUGGUUUAGGUCUGGGUGUCAGCGGCUCCAUGGCAGCGGGCAGCGGCUUGGGAGCCGGCAUCACAGGCAACGAAAAGGGAGCCAUGCAGAACCUCAACGAUCGUCUGGCCAACUACCUUGAGACGGUGAAGAACCUGGAGCAGGCCAACCAGGAACUGGAGAUGAAGAUCAGGCAGGCGCUGAAGACCGGAGGGCCUGACUUGAGAGACUACAGCAAGUAUGAACCCAUCAUUGAAGACCUCCGUAAACAGAUCUUCGACAAGAUAUCGGAGAACGCUCGUCUGGUGCUCCAGAUUGACAACUCUCGUUUGGCUGCGGACGACUUCAAAGUCAAGUAUGACACAGAGCUGGCCAUUCGCCAGUCGGUGGAGGCCGACAUUUCCGGGCUAAAGAAAGUCAUCGACGACACCAACAUGAGCAGGAUGAACAUUGAGAGCGAGAUUGAAGCCGUGAAGGAAGAGCUUGAUUACCUUAAGAGGAAUCACGAAAAUGAGGUGAGGGAGUUGAGGAAUCAGAUUUCCCAGUCGGGUGUGCAAGUGGAUGUCGACGCCCCCAAAGGUCAGGACUUGUCCCAGAUCAUGGAGGACGUGAGGGGCAACUACGAGAAGAUCGCAGUGAAGAAUGCAGAAGAUCUCAAACGUUGGCAUGAAAAUCAGACAGCGGAAGUUAUAGCGCAAGUAUCACAGAACACAGAAGCGCUCCAGGGUGCCCAAGUGGAGCGGAGUGACUUAACCAGACAGAUACAAACUCUAGAAAUCGAGCUGGCGUCUCAACAGAGCUUAAAAGGCUCCCUAGAAGACACACUACACAACACAGAGCUCCGGAACAACAUAGAAAUGGAGAAGUAUAACUCCAUCCUCCUACAUCUGGAGGAGGAGCUCGGAAACCUGCGCGCUAACAUCAACCAGCAGACGCAAGAGUACGAGGCUCUGCUCAACCUCAAGGUGAAACUGGAAGCUGAGAUCCAGACCUACAAGACCCUACUGGAUGGCGGCGAUUUCAAGCUUCAAGAUGCACUCCAAUGAGCGGUCGGCCAAAGUUCCUUUGAAAGCCCAUCCAGGCCUGUGCAACCCGGACUAAUGCCGGACCUCUAAGCAAUAAAACAAUUUGUUGACCAACA